AUGAGACAGGAAAUGAAAGGCACAUCGCCAUGGUGGAUCAGGCUCAUUAUUUUGAUUUUAAAGGCCUGGUUUUUCAUUUAUGACUGUUUGAACUAUAUACCCUAUGCAUUAUUCAAUUCACCUGCUGCAAAGUUGAAGAGAAGUACCAGAAUAAAGGUGGAUGGGAAUUUUUUAAUUCUUGCAAAUACUCUUAAUAAACUGUUCGCUCACGUAACUGAGAUGUAUGCUGAUUGUCAAAUGCUUGGGACCCGAGAGCUUCUUACAGUUCAUGAGGAGGAGCAACCAGAUGGUCGUAUUUUUGAAAAGUGGGAACUGGGAGAUUAUCAUUGGCAGACGUAUAGAGAGGUGUACAACAGAGUUGGUCUUAUCGCUGCGGGCCUCAGGAGUAUCACGGACAAAGAAUCAAAGGUUGUUAUUUUUGCCGAGACUCGUGCCGAUUGGCUUAUAACUGCCUUCGCAUGCUUCAGAGCCAACGUCACUAUUGUUACUGUAUAUGCUACACUCGGAGAGGAGGCUAUAGCGCAGGCAAUAAAUGAGACAUCUGCAACGGUUCUCGUCACUUCAGCUGAGCUGCUACCAAAGGUGGCCAAGUUCUGCAGAAAAUGUUCCACGCUCAAAUCGCUGGUGUAUUUUGCUCCAGUUAAUAAGAUGAAAAAGCUUAUGGAUUCGAAUUUAUUACGUCCACAAUUUAAUGAAAUAUUGUCACUUAAUGAGCUUGAACAACUUUCUUCAGAACCAAUAGUCUCGAGUGCUGUCAAAGAUGAUGUUGCUCUAAUCAUGUAUACCAGCGGCACUACUGGUGCGGCUAAGGGUGUAAUGUUAACCCAUGAAAAUAUCAUCUCUGCUGCUGCGGGACUUGGACCAGGAGUGGGUAUAAUAACGGAUUCAGAUACAUAUAUUGGCUAUCUGCCGUUAGCUCACAUAUAUGAGUUAGCAGCCGAGCUGGUCUGCUUAAGCCACGGCUGUAGGGUUGGUUAUUCAAGUCCAUUAACGCUUCAUGAUCGGGGAGCGAAAAUUCAACCUGGUACUCAUGGUGACUGUUAUGCCUUGCGACCAACUUUGAUGUCAGCUGUACCUGCUAUAAUGGAUAGAAUCUUCAAAGCUGUGAGCGAUGAAGUCGCCUCUACUCCGCGUUUCAUGCAGGAGCUUUUUAAACUUAAUUACGAAAGGAAGCGAGCCCGUUAUACAGAGGGUUACUGCAGUCCUUUUCUCGAUAGGAUUGUUUUUAAAAAAAUAAGGAGGUUGCUUGGAGGGAAGUUGAGAGGAGUGCUUAGUGGAGGAGCUGCGCUGAAUCCUGAGACGCAAAGGUUUAUGAAUAUCUGUAUGUGUUGUCCUGUAAUUCAAGGGUACGGUUUAACUGAGACUUGUGCGGCAGGAGCCAUAUCUGAUGUUAACGAUUUAAGCACAGGUGCUGUAGGUCCACCAAUUCGAUGUUCCCAGAUCAUUUUAAAGGAAUGGGAAGAAGGUGGCUACAGUCCCUACAACAAUCCGCCUCAGGGUGAAAUCCUUAUUGGCGGCCCUAAUGUUUCAAUCGGUUAUUUCGGACAGGCCGGCAAGAAAUCUGAUAGUUUCUUUGAUAUUGAUGGUGUUCGUUAUUUUGCGACUGGUGACAUUGGAGAAAUGCGUGAGGAUGGGUCCUUGAUGAUUAUUGACCGGAAGAAAGAUCUUGUGAAAUUGCAACAUGGCGAGUACAUUUCACUUGCAAAAGUCGAAACGGCACUUUUGACCUGUCCCCUUAUUGAUAACGUUUGCGUUUAUGGUUGUCCAUUAGAGUCAUUUGUGAUAGCACUUAUAGUGCCCAACCAGAAGUAUUUGACAAAAUUGGCUGAAGAUAUUGGGUUUAGUGGUUUGGAAUGGAGCCAGUUAUGUGAAAACAAAGAGGUUGUGGAUGAAUUCAAGAAACGGUUGGAUGCUCACGCUAUUAAAAGUACAGUCUUAAAUUUUGCUGAAAUUCCUGGUAAAAUAUAUCUGUGUAACGAAGUUUGGACAUCUGAAAGUGGUUUGCUAACGGAAGCUUUGAAACUGAAAAGGCGGCCACUGAAAGAAAAGUACGAGUCUGUGAUUGACACACUUUAUGGAAGAAAUGGUAAUGGGAAGAAGUAA